AUGGACUUCUGGCCUCGAAAAUCAUUCUCUCUGGCCAUUGUAGGUGGUGGCCUCGCUGGUCUCAGCCUGGCUCGUGGUCUUCUCAGACGCGGUGUCAACUGUCGAGUCUUUGAAGCCGCACCGGCCUUUGCGGAUAUUGGAGCCGGUCUGAGCUUUGCUUUGAACUCCCUGGAGGCUUUGAAAGCAGUCGACCCGGAUUCCUAUGGAAUGUUCCUGAAGAGGUGUGAUGCCGUGUCUGAGAAAAAGGAUGUGUAUAUGACCUAUCGAGAUGGAAUGUCGGAGGACGGCCAUGAAGUCACGACUCUUUACUGUAAAGGUUCCGGUCAGCGGGCCGUACAUCGUACAUUGUUGGUCAAGGAUAUGGUUUCUCUGAUGCCAGAAGGAACGUUCCACAUGGACAAGAGAUUGGAGAGUCUGGAAGAGAAUCCGUCUGGUGGAAUCACGUUGACCUUCGCGGAUGGCACUAUGUUUGACGCUGACGCGGUCGUUGGUGCGGACGGUAUCAAAUCCAAGACUCGACAGAUUCUUCUCGGUGAAGAAAAUCCAGACUCUCGUCCGAAAUACUCGGGAGAAUAUGCAUAUCGCAGCCUUGUGCCUAUGGACGAGGCUGUGGAUGUGCUUGGUGAAGAUUUCGCAAAGAAUGGCAAUGUCAACAUUGCUGAUGGCGCUCUAACCACAACUUACCCUGUUGAGAGAGGGACCAUGUUGAACGUUGUUGCAGCUCGUGAUCAGCCAACAUGGGAGAAUCCGAGCUGGGUGAUUCCAGCCAACAAGGCAUCUAUUGAAGAGGAAUUCAAAGAUACAGGUCCCAAGAUGCGGCAAGUGGUCUCUCUUCUGAAAGAACCCCAAAAGUGGUCUCUAUGGCAUCAUCCUUCUGCUUCGACAUUCUACCGAGGUCGUCUCGUCAUCGUUGGCGAUGCAGCGCAUGCCGCAACUCCACAUCAAGGAGCAGGAGCUGGACAAGCAUUUGAAGACGCCCUUGUGCUCGCCAAUCUGCUCGCUAAUGAUAACGUCAACCGAGCCGAAGACCUUGAGAGCGCUUUUGCCGCAUUCGAUUCCAUCAGACGGCCACGAACUUUGAAAGUGGUCGAAACAAGCCGAGAAAACGGCAAAGUGUGCAUGAAAAAGGGCAAGGACACAGGAGCUGAUCUGGGACAAAUCAAGGAAAAUCUGGACAAGCGAUUCGAGUGGAUUUGGUACGACAACCUCGACAGCCAGGUCGACGAGGCUGUGGGGAAAUUGAAGGAUAUCCUGGGAUCCAACUUGAACGAGGACUCCCAGUCUCCUUCGCCGCAUCAACUUCUCGACGAAUCUACCGUUGAAGCAAAAUACAAAGCCCCACUCCUCAGAAGCAAGAGUUUAGGUCAUGCGGCGUCGCAAUUGGUAAAGGUGUUAAAGGAGUUUUUGCGGCGAAUUUAG